CCGGCCACCCUCAACAGGGAUACAUCACUUAACGCGUCGAGCGCGUCCCCACCAUUUUGGGACUUCCAAAUCAACAUACUACCAUCGCUUCCUCAAGUCGACAUGGACUCUUUUGAAGACCUUGCGGAAGGCGAGCCGCCUAUAAUUGACCCUUAUGAGGUACUGGGUCUCGAACGUUCAGCUACCGCCGACCAAGUAAAGUCGGCCUACAGGAAGGCUGCACUGAAGAACCAUCCAGACAAGGUCCCAGAGGAUCGGAAAACAGAAGCACACGAGAAGUUCCAGUCCAUCGCUUUCGCAUACGCAGUUCUCUCCGACCCAGCCCGGCGCAAGCGGUAUGACGAGACCGGCUCUACCUCCGAGUCCAUCGUGGACUCGGACGGCUUCAGCUGGUCAGACUUCUACCGUGAGCAGUAUCGCGACGCAAUUUCCAGCGACACCAUCAAGAAAUUCGCCCAGAAGUACAAGGGUUCUGAUGAGGAGAAGGACGACAUCCUGAUGGCGUACGAGAAGUGCAAGGGCAACAUGGACAAAGUUUACUCGACCGUGAUGCUUAGCGACGUCUUGGAGGAUGACGAGCGGUUCCGCAAGAUUAUCGACGAGGCCAUUGCUAGCGGCGAUGUGCCUAGCUUUCCGGCAUACGCCCGGGAGAGCAAGAAAUCGAGGGAGGCCAGGGUAAAGGCUGCCCAGCGGGAAGGUAAAGAGGCGGAGGAGUAUGCGAAGGAGAUAGGCGUGCACGAUAAGCUGUUCGGGAACAAGAAGGGUAAGAAGGACUCGGAGGCAGACCUCGCGGCUCUGAUCCGACGGAAUCAGCAGGAUCGAGGCAACUUCUUGGACAACCUGGCAGAGAAGUACGGGGCAACUCCCAAAGCCAAAGGUAAAGGGGCCAAGAAGAGGGCGGUGGAGGAGGAUGAGCCUUCGGAAGAGGCUUUCCAGGCUGCCGCGACUCGACUCAAGAAGAGAUCGACGGAGAGCAAGCCGAGCGACUCAAAGAAAACGAGGCGAUGAACCCAAAUGGGCUUUCCGUUGGCGUACAAGGCGCGAAGGGAUAGACAGGAAUAGGCCAAGAUUGACUGCUUUAGCAGGCGUUUGUUCCAUCGCGAUAUUGCAUUGAGGAGGUGGGAACUGGGACUUGAACCUGUGUAGCAAUUGGGAUAUGCUAAGACAUCGACUUAGCAUCUUGAUUUACUACGUAGUUGGUGUAUCGAUUGGGAAAGCAGCUCAAUAGGUUGUUCAGAGUUUCGAUUAACUGUUUGGCCCCUGAGAUAAGCCCGGAAGAUCACCAGGUCAACGCUGAGGGGUUUGAAUGCGGGGCAGAAUGCUCCCUGGGUGUCAGCUAAAAACUUUGGAAGAGGGA